UUUUUCUAAACCCUUGGAACCUGCUGCUGUUUUGCUUCUCUCAAGCGCCCACCGAAUCCGUUUUGGAAUCAACCAACCGAUUCGAUGCGCCAGUCGCUCUUCACCAACGAGUUUUCCUGAUUGAUGAUGUUUGGGGCCAUUAAUGGAGGAAUCAAGAGCAGGUUCUUCCUCUUCUUCUUCUUCUCCUUCAGGGUAUGCCCUGGGGCCGCCAUGGUUGUUUAGGGGAAGAGCAUUGUAUCAGUUACAUUUGGUUAAAGCAGAGAUUGUUCGGGCGUUCAUCCCCAAGGAGUUUAAGCUGGUUGAAGCAUUUGGAUAUACACUUGGGGGGCUGUUUCUGGCUCACUAUGAUGAGAGCCCAGCUGGAGUUUUUGAUGAGCUCGUUGUACUUGCUGGUAUUGUGUGGAAUCCUCCAACAUCAUGCGCGUGGGCUUCUAGAGUGCUUGUGAACAGCCAUGAGGCUUGCAGACAUGGUAGAAAGGAAAUAGGUCUCCCAAGCCAUGUUGCUAUUUUCUCCAAGAAAAACAGAAAAGCUUUAGAGCAACCAUUAAAUAAGAGCCAAAUAAGUUCUAUUCAUCCAAAACUGGAAGACGAUAAAGAGAUUCAAGUACAUGAGAUGGAGGAUACUUCCCAAAUAUCCAUUUGUAACAUCAGUUUACCUAUUGCGGGUUACAGCUGGAUGGGUCCAAAGAUCAAGAUAUCACUACCAAGUUUUAGUGGCCAGACAGUAUACAACCCUAAUCUUCUUAAGUACUCCUGCCAAGUUGAAUGCAGGGUGAGAGCUGUGGAGGCUGCUAAAAUAUCGAGACUAAUGAUUGCUAAAGCUACUAUUACUGAACCUGAAAACUCAUUUGACAAUUUUAAAGCAAAAGAGAAAAAAUAUGGGGACAGAUUAGCCACUGAAGAUGUUGGACGUGACCAAAGCAUUGAGGUGUUACUGUCUAAGCCUGUAAUGGCUCUGGAAUUCAAUUUUCUGAAAAUGCAAGUUGAAGCUCCCAUAAUCAUCCAUUCAGAAUCUCGAACCUAGAAGAACAAGAGGAAAACUCAAAGUUUGUGUCUUUUCUUUUGCUGAAUGAGAAGGGGCAAGGUUACUAGAUCUAUUCAUUGAAACCGUGUUUGUUUAUGUUUGCUCUCACUCAGUCGGUGUGUCAGAAGCUAAUUCCUGUCAAGGAUUGAGUUUGAUUUGUCUGAAAAGUUUUGUAUCUUGAAGUUUCGCAAUCUAGUGUGAGUCAACUUGGCCCGUCUCAUUGUAUGAUUAGUCAAUGUUGGAGUGCAGAGAAUAAACAUAUAUAACUUUUUAUCGCUA